AUGGCUGAUGGCGCUCUGGGCUGCGACUCCUCCUACGCCCAGCUCCCGGUCCAUUGUGACGCUGCUUACUACGAGAAAUGGAAUAGAGAGAGGCAGGAGGCUGUUGCGCGCAACGAAGAUCCCAACGCCAAAUUUCUUACCUUGGUGGCGCAAAGAGAGGCGAAUAGUGCGUCGGGACAGUUGAGGAGGUUGUUCAAGAAGGGUAGUAAGACGUAUGGACAGGGGCUAACGGCAGGCGAAGAGACGAAGACAUGGGAGGAUAGUAUGAAGAAAGGAGUCGGUAAGAGAAGUGGCGGUGGGAAGGGGGAUGAAGUUGUGAGAUGA